AUGAAACUUGCGCCUAGGCUGGCCCCUGAAAUCAUCUGGUUUACACCGUCAGAGGAAUACCUCGACGACCCGUCCGUAGUCCUGGACACUAUUCACCAACAGUCUGUACACAAAGGGCUAUUAGGCUCGUACUAUGGCGCCGAAUUAGACAACCCUGCGACAGGAGUAUGGGUCAUGGCAUGGCAGUCCCUCGCCAAACACCAAAGUUUCAUGGAGGAAGAAUCCUAUAUGGACUUCAUCCUCCCUGUAACGGAUUCAAUGGUUGGCGCGGGAAGGAUAACUCAACUCUCGCUCGAUCAUGGUGACCUGCAGAGAGCAUUGAACGCACCUGUGACACAAUUCAUAUACAUCACCGUCCGGCCUUUACACGACAGAGAAUACGAGCUGCAACCGCUGAUCUCAUUACUUCAAACUGAGCUGAAGAUUGUUCCUGGAUGCAUGUCUUCUUGCUGGGGCUCAUCAAUAGAGGAUGACCACCUGGAGAUAGGGGUAGUAGGAUGGAGAAGCAUGGCGGACAGAAAUGCCGCUGUAAAGGGACGACUCUCUUCGACAAUACGUCGGAUACGAGAAUUGUGUACCGUGGAAAUCCGCUAUGCGAAACUACGGUAUCACAGCGAGGUUGCUCCUCCGGCCGCUGAGCUUUAG